AUGUUAAGCGCGGCCGUUGUCAGCCACGACGUCGAAGGGAAGGACGAGGUGCGGGGCGGGCAGCCGUAUGUGGUCUACAGUCUGGCAGUGAGCGAGGCUGGCGAUCGCUGGAGCGUGCAGCGGCGAUGGAACGACCUGCGCAUCAUGGUUGCAACGCUCCAGGCAAAGCAUGCCAAGCAGCUCCGCGACUCCGGAGUCGCCAUCCCGCGUUUCAACGUACACGGCUUUCGCUCAGCAGGAGCGAUGCUCGAGCCAGCAUUCCGGGAUGAGCGCGCGGCUGCGAUGCAAGGGCUGCUCGCCGCGUACCUGAAGGCGCUCCCCGCCUCUGUGGUGAGAGGCGAAGGCCCUGAGCCGCUGCUGGACUUUCUCUCCCCGGCGCAGCCGCGGGCAGGCCUCUCGGCCGCGCUGGUGCCACCCAGUCUCCGGCACUGGAGCAUCUUUGGCUCAACCUCGUCGACGCUCUCCGUUGACCUCCCCGAAGAGCCUCCUCCGCCAUUCCCGAUGCCUGCCAUCGAUGAGCACGGCGAGACCGGCGCACCCUCCCCAAAGAAGCACGCGGCGCAGCGGUCGCCGGUGUGGCUCGUGAUUGGUGCCCUGCUCCCUCUCCUGACCGGAAUGUACGCGGGCGUCGCCAAGAUCGAGACGGUUGCGCGCGAGCCGGUCAAGGUGGUUGGCGGCACCCGCCGAGGAGGGGCGGCCGCCCUUCGCUCGCGGCUCGGCGGCUUGGUCGGAGGCGGCGCCCGCAAGCCUUGA